UUUUGUGCAUUUUCAGCGCGUCUUUCCUAUUUGAACAAAACUAUACGACGAAAAUCCAAAUACUUUUGCCAGUCGAUGGAUUUUGGAAUCAAGAAUCAGUGGUUCUAAACUGGAACAGAAACAGACAAGUUUAAUAUGGAGAUCUUGAGUGCUUUUUCGUCACUUUUUAAAUCAAACCUUCGGGUGUUUUGCAUUGCUCUGUUUUACGUAACUUUACUCAUUUUUCCGAGUGAACAAAACAUUAUCGAGGUAUCAGUACCUGAAAACAAACCAAGUGGAUUCGUAGUUUACAGAUUUCCAUCACCAAAAAGUGGAGAAGCGUAUCAGUUGUAUGACUCACGCUACACCGACUCUCUUGAACCUUUGAAGCUCUUCCAAAUAUCAUACACUGGUAUACUAACAACAACCCAGCCGCUCGACUAUGGCCAGGACGGCAAAAACACCUUUGAGCUUACAAUUGUACUUCGUGAACGGGGGGAAACGUCUGGUGGAAAAGCAUUCACUCUCCAAGUCAAGGUCACUGAUAACAAUAACUUCGUACCAACGUUUGGUUUUCGAACUUAUAAUGGAACGAUAAAAGAGAAUUCUCCAGCGAAUACUAAAGUGCAAGGUAUUGUCAAUUGUCAUGCGGAGGAUAAAGAUUCACACGGAAUAAAAGGAUAUAAAAUUAUCGAUGGGAAUGAGAAGGGAUAUUUUGAAGUGAAUACUGUGACGGUUGAAGACGAGAAGUUCUUGGAACUCAAAACUACGAAUGUACCGAUUGUGAAAACCAGUGGAAAUGUAGAGAAAAUUACGUUGAUAGUCGAGGCUGAAGACAGUGGUAACCCGAGUCUAAAAGGGGCAACAAAAAUCGUUAUUACCAUCGAACCGACCAAUAAAAAUGCGCCUAAAUUCGAGAAGGCACACUACACAGCGAAUAUCAGCGAGGAGAUACCGCUCAUGUCAACAGCUGUGAAGGUUCACGCGGAAGACACAGAUGUAGGAGAUGGAGGUAGUUUGUACUAUAUACUAGAUCCACUGUCUGAUUACUUCACAGUCAAUCCAAUAACUGGACAAAUCGAAGUAAUUCGCACGCUGGACUAUAACGCUAAGAAUUUAUUCGAGCUGACGGUGAUCGCAAGAGACCGGGGAAAACCUUCAAAGAAAGCAACGGCUAAAGUCACAAUUCGUAUUGAGCGGGAUUUGGCGCAUUUUCCGCCGAAGGACUCGCAGAAUCCAGGUGAUAAUACUAAGCCCGUUUUCCCUUCAGCAGCUUUAGCUGCAACUGUUCGCGAAGAUUUACCGAUAGGAGCAUUUGUUACUUUAAUACAUGCUAUUGAUAAUGACCCCCCGGGUGCAAGCAAACAACUUGUUUAUUCAAUGACUGGGGCUAACGUGGGCUCGUUCAAAAUCGACCCUCAAAGUGGACUAGUAACACUUUUGAAUCAACUUGAUUAUGAAACUGGACCUAAGAAACUUAACCUGACAGCGAUUGCUACUGAUAAAGGUUCCCCUUCACUGUCUGGAACCACAUUCCUGAUAAUCUAUGUCAUAGAUGUCAAUGAAAACUUAAACCCGCCAGUAUUUGAGCCAUCUGUACGGUCUCUUAGUUUACCAGAAGACACACCAAUCGGCAAAUCAGUGAUGAAAGUAUCGGCUACUGAUAGCGAUGCUGGAGUUGAUGGCAACCUUGUGUACUCAGCGGUUUCAGGCGAAGGAAUCCAUUACUUGACUGUUGAUAAGACAACCGGUGUCAUGACAACCACAGCCUACCUUGAUCGCGAGAAAAGAGCACAUUUUGAGCUGGUGGUAGCCGCACAAGACACAGGCAAUUUUCCUCGUACAUCUUACCUCUAUCUGAUAGUCAAGGUCCAGGCUGUUGAUGAUCACUAUCCCGAGUUCUCUAGCAACUGGUACAACGCUUCUGUCCCAGACGGUUCCCCUGACGGUACUUUUGUCACUGUUCUUUAUGCCUUAGACAAGGAUAGUCAAAGUCUUACAUACAUUAUUCUAGACCCUGGUGCAAAUGAUCCGUUCCAGGUUGAAAGAGACACUGGAGUGAUAAGAACUCGUCGCACCGUGGAUUUGAACGCGGGGGACAAAGAGUUCAAUCAGUUGAUCAUACAAGUCCAGGGUGGUCAAACCAAAUCUGAAGCCAUCGUCAACAUCAUGAUAACAGGCUCAUCUAGCUCUGUCCCGCGAUUCAGAACAAGUUCUUAUGAUGUGAGCGUCAAGGAAAACAUUGGGAAAGUAGACAGUCUGAUAUGUUUAGCGGCGACAGACAGCAAUGUUGGAGGGAUAACCUACUCGAUAACUACCGGUGGGAGUGAAAAGUUUGCCGUGCAAGCCACAUCAGGGAAGUUCUCCAUCUUAAGAUCGUUUGAUUACGAAGUCGAGACGGGGUAUUCCGUUCAGAUUCAAGCAGCCACCCCUACACACAAAACAGCUACUGCUUCAAUACAGAUAAAAAUCACAGAUGUCGAUGACAAACCGAGCUUCAAGGACCCAAGCUACGAAGUAAGCGUACAAGAGAAUAGUGCCUCAGGCACUUCUAUACUGACAGCUGCUAAAGGAGGCUUUGUGUUUCAAGACGAAGAUUCCAAUCAAGACCAGUACGAGUGUUCAUUAGAGGAAGUGACGUCAUCAUACGUGCUUGAUCACUUCCGGGUUGAUCGAGUGAAGAGCGAAUGUUAUCUAGUGACUAAGAAAACACUCAGUUACAGUAAAGAGACCCAGUUUCAGUUUAAAGUCACAGCAACUAAUAAAGAUUUCCCAAGCAUGGUGACGUCUUGUUCGGUGGUUUUAAAGGUUGUGGAUGUUAAUAACUACGCGCCGGUGUUUACUCAGAGUGAUUACUGGGUGACUGUCUCUAGUCUUACUGCUGUGGACACCUCUAUACUGACUGUCAAUGCUCUUGACCUUGACCUUGAUGUUGAUGGACAAGUGUCGUAUCAGAUUUUAGCCGCAAGCAACAACGAAGAUAAUAGCUUUUUCCAAAUUGAUCAAAAUACUGGCGUAAUAACAACAGCCAAAAGUAUGACAGCAAGGCAAGAAUACUCAUUUAUUGUCAAGGCAACGGAUAGAGGAGCGCAAGUGAAAGCAAGUCAAACCACUGUCAAAAUAUCCGUCUACAGCACGACGUCAUAUCCGGUUAAAUUCCAGGAACCCCAGUACUCGAAAUCUUUGUUAGAGUCAGUUACCAUUGCCACAGAUGUCAUACGGGUGCAAGCGACUGGUCCCGCGGGAAUCACGUAUUCCAUAGUCGGUGGCAACCCUGACACGAAGUUCCGCGUGGACAGGGGCACGGGUCAAAUUCAAACGAACAGAGAACUCGAUUAUGAAAGCGAAAAGAGCUAUAAGUUAGUAGUCCGUGCCACGUGUAACACCGCCCCUCAGAUGGCUACUGAUGUGAUUGUUACUGUUAGUGUUCAAGACGUGAAUGACAAUGCACCAAAGUUCUUAUUGUAUACCAAUCCCAAGACUGUUAUCAUUGACAGUUACACACCUAAAGACACUAUCAUAUUUAAGGCAAUAGCAGAAGAUGCUGAUUCUGGUUCAUAUGGUACCGUGACGUAUUCUAUCGACUCUUCCAAAAGCAAUCCCUCCAGCAAUAUACCAUUCAGCAUUGAUGCAUCCACAGGCGAUAUGAAGACUACCACAGUAAUCAGGUAUUCAGACCGCUCCAGCUACAGCAUUGCUCUAGUAGCAACAGACGGUGGAAGUAAAACAGCUACAAUGACAUUGACUGUCCAAAUAUCGGAUAUUAAAGAGCCGCCGAAGUUCAGACAAAAGAAGUACACGCUGACACCUCGAGAGGACUUGACUGUUGGCUCUGAGGUUGGUAACAUUGCUGCCUUAUAUGGAGAUUCAAGCCAACUUCUAAAGUACUCCCUUGUGAAAGGAAAUACAGACGACACAUUUUGCAUCGACAGCAAAGGUGUCCUUUCUGUCGCUAAACCGCUGGACAGAGAAAAAGCGCCAUCGUAUACUCUGGAUACUACAGUUACCCUGGGUGACAAGACAGACUCCACAGUGGUACAGAUAGAUGUGAUAGAUGUUAAUGAUAACGAGCCUGUAUUUGAGAAGAUUCUAUAUACAGUCCAAGUAUCCGAGAACGAAGCUGUAGGUAAGGAGCUGGUGAAACUCGUUGCUACUGACAAAGAUAGCGGAACAAAUGGUCAGAUAACGUACUCCCUCGCCCAGCCCGUGGAAGAAAGCGGUAUAGCAUUAUUUAAUGUGGAUAGCAAGACAGGUGUGAUUACACUGAAAAGCACCCUUGACUAUGAAGAUGUACAAGAGCACGUGCUGUACGUAAAGGCAGAAGAUGGAGGAUCACCGAAACUUGCGGCAAUGGCUAAAGUCGUCAUUAAAGUCAAGGACAUCAACGAUAAUUCUCCCCGGUUCUCAUCUCAGUUUUUCUUGGCCAAGGUACCAAUCAGUGCCAAGGCUGGGGAUCACGUGGUCCAGGUGUACGCGGCCGAUUCUGACAACGGUGAAAAUGGAAGAUUGACUUUCUCGAUAUCACAAGGCAAUGAGAAUGGGUAUUUUAGGAUUAACCAGGAGAAUGGGUUGGUAACGCUAACGAAGCCUCUCGCAUCGGUCCAAGAUAGCAAGAUCGACUUAACCCUAGAAGUAAAGGAUAAUGGCAAUCCGCUUAGAGAUGGGAAUGCUACUCUAACGGUGAUAGUGGAUUUACCCGAUGGACCCCCCAGAUUUCCUGUUUCACCUUUAUAUGUCGGUGUCAAAGAAGGAAUACUUCCAGGGGGGGUUGUGGCAACGGUAAGAGCAACAACUCUCACUCUUCUAAGUUAUGAGAUCAUCUCAGGCAAUGAUGACAAAUACUUUACAAUGGAUAGCCUCUCUGGGAAGAUCAUAGCUGCAAAGGAACUAGACUUUGAAACGAAGAAGCAGUUCAUCUUAGAUAUCGCUGCGAGUGAUUCAAAAGGACGAGGAGAUAAAGUUACCGUGGUGAUCAACUUGAUUGACAUUAAUGAUAACGCCCCUAAAUUCCCAGGCGAAAUGAACAAUAAAAUUGUGAAAGAAAUCGACGGAACGUCUAUGUUCGCAAAUUACAUAGUGACAGAAAUACCUGCUUAUGAUUUAGACUCUGGUGACCGCCUAACAUACGAGCUUUCAGCUGCAGGGCAAAAGUACUUUACUAUAGAUGACGAAGGCAACCUUAGAGCCGUAAACACCAUCAAAGACAUCUCAGAACCAAUCCAAUUCGAGAUAACGGCACGUGACUCAGCUACGCCACCCCACGUGGUUAAGUCGCCCGUUUCUCUUGUAUUCUUGAAAAUCGCUCCUGGGAAACAACCCAUUCAUGCCACAAUACCAGAAAAUACCAAGGUUGGAACCAAAGUUGCUACUGUCCCAAAAUCAUUUCCAAAUGGCGUCCUGACCAUCAAUGGUGCCACAAACGUUCCUUUUAGCGUGGAUGGAAAAGGAGAUAUCAAACUAAAGGGGUCGAUUGAUUUUGAAAAGAAAGUUCAGUAUGAAUUCACGGUGAGAGAAAAGGAGUCAAGUUCUGCAGGUGCACGGUUCACCGACAGUGCAGUAGAGGUGUCGAUAACGGAUGUUAAUGAUAAUGACCCGGUUUUUGAAAUAUCAACAACCUACGGUAGUGUUAAUCAAAACUCUAGAGCUGGUGCUCCCGUUCUAAAGAUAAGGUCGUCUGAUGCAGACAGCGGAACAAGCGGUAUGGUUGGGUAUCAGCUUCGGAAUCGUGGAACACCGUUUGGAAUUAAUCCAUUAUCACAAGAACUAGAGGCAAGUGAGACACUUAAAAAAUCUAAGUAUUCUGUCGACGUGUUUCCGUUUGAUUAUGGUCACCCAAGGCGAAACAAUACUCCAAUAACAUUUAACAUAGACAUAGCUGAACAACCACCUUUAUUUGUUGGAGCGACUGGAAAUAUGUAUAGGUUUUCUGUGCCUGAAAAUAGUAUGGCUGGCACACUGAUAGGCGCCGUAACAGCGAGAAGCUCUUCGGGUGCACGCAUUGCCUAUGCAAUUGAAAGUGGCAAUGUACGAAACACUUUCACAAUGCACAGGCUGACGGGAAAGAUAAACUUGAAUUACGUUCUGGAUUACGAGAAACACGACAUUUUAUAUGAUCUUAAAGUAAAGGCUAGCGAGAUGAUUCCAGAUGGUCUGUUGAGCUUUAUCCAGGUGCAGGUGUCCGUGCUAAAUGUUGAUGACCAUUAUCCUAAGUUUAGUCAAACAGUCUACGCUGCAACAGUUCAAGAAACCAUUCCCAUUGGAAGCUCGGUGUUGAAAGUAACAGCAACUGACUGUGACUGUAGUAAGGACUGUACAUGUGUCUUAGGGCAGCUUAAGUACAGCCUGAAGGACACUGAACUCUUUUCUAUUGACCCAGACACUGGGGUAAUAUCUCCUGCGAAAUCACUCGACUACGAGUCUUCAUCGUGGAACGUUUUCAGGGCAAUAGUUUCUGAUGCCGGGAAUUCGACUAAAAACAUGACAUCCUUUGUAAACGUAUCCUUGACAGGGGUGAACGACAAUAGUCCAUUCUUCAGGCAAAAUGAAUAUGUGUUUGAUAUAGCUGAAGGUGCUGUUACAGGGAAGCCCUUGGCGUAUGUUACAGCCGUUGACACUGAUGGAGAUGCGAUUAAAUAUAGCGUUGAAGGGGAAAGCGGUCCGUUUACUAUUAAUAAUACAGAGGGGAUAAUAACCUUGUCUCAGACAUUACCCAAGGUAAUUAACAAAUGGGAGUAUGACUUCGACGUCAAGGCAACAGACGGUCAGGUGGAUGCAAAAGUACGAGUCCAUAUUAAUAUCAUUGAUAGCAACGACAACAAACCAGAAUUUACGUCAUGUGAACAGGUCUCCCUGAAAGAAAACCUACCCCCGGGACAAAGAGUAACCCAAGUGAAGGCAGAAGAUAAGGAUAAAGGAAAGAAUGGAGAAGUCGAGUAUUCUCUUGUAAUAGGACAGAGCGACUUUAAUAUCGAUAACACUACGGGUAUUAUAACAACAAAAUAUAGUCUUGAUCGUGAACGACAAAAACGGCAUCUCAUUGUAGUGCGGGCAGAGGAUGGUGGACAUGGGGCCAAUGAAUACGAAAGACUCUCAUCAUACUGUUUGAUACGAUUAAAAGUUACAGACGCUAACGAUAAUUACCCUAAUUUUUUGAUUCAUCGCUACCAUGCUAGUAUAUACCAAAAGUCUCCAGUGGGUACCCCUGUUAUUAGGGUUUCUGCGUAUGAUCAAGACCUUGAUGAGAACGCAGUCGUCAGUUAUUCAUUCUUAACCAAAAAUGACAAGUUUGAAGUGGAGAAAUCAACGGGGAUCAUAAAAACCAAGGCAGACCUGACGAGUUUCAGUGGUAUCGUCGACUUACAAGUCACUGCUUCUAACACUUUACCAAUGGCCAUAUCGGGUCCAGAGCCCUCAAGUAGGGAUCGACAAGCCCGCGUCACGAUUGAAGUAGACACAGAAAAACCACCCCAGUUUUCCAAGGGAACGUACGAUGUGAGCGUCAAGGAGGAUGUUGCUAUUGGAACAACUUUAGUACAAAUUCAAGCCACAUCGUUUUACAAUCGAAAAAUAACGUACGAGGCAGUCAACGAGAACCCUGGAGCAAAGCAGGAAUUUAGUGUGGAGCCCACCACAGGCUACAUUGUCACUUCAACUAAGCUAGACUUUGAGUUAAAUACGCUUUAUGAGCUACAGUUUAGAGCCUCGGAACCAACAGGAUCAUCGUCGCUUCUUUUCUCUACUUGCUUCGUUAAUAUUACAGUAAUGGACGUUAACGAUAACACUCCGACAUUUUCAAUGGAAAAAUACGAUGGCCGUGUAAUGGAAAAUUCCCCGGUAGGAACUGGCGUAGUUAAAGUCGAUGCUGAAGACCUUGAUUCAGGUUCAGGUGGACGCGUACAAUACAAGAUAGCCCAAACCGGAGACUACAAAUAUUUCGAGAUUAAUAGCAGAAAUGGGGUGGUCAGGACUACGGCCGUGUUUGAUCGAGAAGUCAAAGACAGAUACUAUAUCGAAGUGACGGCAACCGACCAAGGGAACCCACCAUAUCAUACUGACACAUACGUUGACAUCAAAAUUGUGGAUCAAAACGAUGAAGCACCAUUUUUUUCGGAAAAAGACAUGAGUAUUUCUGUGAGUGAAGACACGCCCAUCGGAAGCUCUCUCUACCAAUUAAGCGCCCAAGAUAAGGACAUUGGUAAAAAUGCUUUACUUUAUUACUUUCUAAGCGGAGGUAACGAAGACCACACCUUUUCUGUGGAGACUUUCAUAAGACCUCAGAAUUACGGACAACUUAAUUUGGAUCGUAAACUAGAUUAUGAAGCCAGAAGAGAAUAUACUCUGUAUGUGACUGGAGCAGAUGGAUGGAACAGUGACUAUGGAGCUAUAAAGAUUACGGUAACUGAUGCUAACGACAAUUCACCAGUAUUUACUCAAAUGGUAUAUGAAGUCUCAAUAAACGAAGAAUCCCCUCCUGGUAGAUCUGUUCUGACAGUACAAGCAUUUGACAUUGACACUCCGCAAGUUCAAAGCCCCUUGUCUUACGAACUUGACUACACGGGACAGAAAUACUUUCGUAUAGACUCGUAUACCGGAGUUAUCUACACCGGGGAUACGAAACUGGACCGCGAAAAGACUCAAUUUCUACUAAUUACUGUGUUUGUGACUGAUGGCAAGAACAAGGGAGAAGCUGGAGUAAAGAUAACCUUGUUGGAUAUCAACGAUAAUGCCCCAUUCUUUCCUAGUCCUCCUUACAUUGGGUUAGUAAAUGAGAAUUCACCCUCUGGAACCAACGUUAUGAUUAUACAAGCUGUUGAUCAAGAUGACCCACAGGCUGGAGGAAAUACAAUCAUUGAGUAUUCUCUGGUUGACAACAGCAAUAACCAAUUCGCCAUUGAUAAAAAUACCGGUGCCAUUACGACUCUAGUGAAAUUCGACCGCGAGGGGAAGAUCAGCAACUACUCGAUACUGGUGCGCGCAUCAGACAAAGGAACCCCUUCUUUGGAGAGCACAGUUAAUGUUACAGUAAUCAUCUUUGAUGUUAAUGACCAUAAGCCUAAGUUCACUACCAGGUUUUUUUAUGGGACCGUUUCUGAGGAAGCUGAGCCUGGACAUUUUGUGACACUUUUGACUGCGACAGAUGAAGACGACGGAUUUAACGCCCAGUUUGAGUUCGUCAUCGUAGAUGGUAACACGCCUUAUGCUUUUUACUUAAAUUCUGUUACUGGAGAAAUUUUAGUAUCAGGACUUCUUGACUAUGACACUAAGAGAACGUACAACUUGACUGUCUUGGUUCGAGACAGGGGGAUGCCUCCCUUGACAGGUGAUGACCCUGCGUAUGUUAUAAUUACAAUCACAGAUGCUAACAAUCACCCCCCGGUUUUUGACCUGAAUAAUUACUAUGUUGAAGUCAAGGAAGAUGUGUUCGUGGGUUAUCAAGUUGUAGUCGUUAAGGUCAAAGAUAUUGAUCUUAGGAAUACUACAAAAAUACUGCGGUAUGAGAUAGUCCAGGGUAACGACGAGGGGUACUUUGGCAUCAAGUCCAACACAGUGGUAUCAUACGAGGCAGCGAUCCACAGUAAUGCACGUCUAGACCACGAGACAACUUCGCAGUACACUUUACUAGUACAAGUCACUGAUGAAGUCGGUCAGUUUGCAACUUGUAAGGUUAUUAUAAGUAUUAAAGAUGUCAAUGAUAAUGGUCCAGUCUUUCAGCCAUCAUACUACGUUGCUACCAUAAAAGAGAAUCUCGAUGCUGAACAGUUUGUUACCACUAUUAAAGCCGUCGACCGAGACUCCACUAGCAAUGGACUACCAUUCACAUUCUCGCUUCUCAAUACAACUCUCAGCAAGAGAUUCGCGAUAAAGAAUUCCACUGUUACUUCAAGUACUGCACAGAUAUUCGCAUACGGUGUCUUCAACCGCGAAGAAACGGCUUCCUUUUCGCUUAUUGUGCGCGGGACAGACAGCGGUAAACCCUCGAUGUCCACCACCGCGUUUGUCUACGUCGACGUCCUAGACCAGAACGAUAACGAGCCGUUUGAUGGAAACACUACAAUUAUCGUUAAUGCUCUUGAUGGGAAUUUCAUAGGUGGGAUUAUUGGUAAACCAUAUUAUAAGGAUGAAGAUUUCGACGGUGACGUCAAUUCCUACGUCAUCACUAGCCAAUCACCAGGAAGUUACUUCACGAUAAAUGCAGCCAAUGGAAACAUCACAGCUACAAAGAACUUGCCUCUUGGGACAUAUAAAGUGAGGGCAUCGAUAACAGAGACCAACACAAGAAUCGGUAAUACAAAGAACUUCCCUAAAACAGUGUACUCCAAUAUUGAGGUUUUAGUCCGCAAUGUCACAAGGUCAGCGGUGGAAUCAAGCGUUACUAUACGUCUACUUGACAUGCGCAAGAUCGGAUACUUUGUUGGAGAUUACUAUCAACAGGUCGAAGGGUUGCUUGCGGGUAUGUUCUCGGUCCAGAAAAGCAAUAUUUUCAUUUUCAGCACCCAGCAAGUCGUAGCUUCAGUCGCCCCUACUGUAGAUGUACAGAUUGCUAUAAUGGACGCUAGAGGAGAAUUUCUACAGAAGAUGAGCAUUAUAUCAAAGCUAACAGUAAACCAACAAGCCUUCAUAAGCAUUGGACUAACACUGGGAGCCAUAGGCAUCGACAUGUGCUUGUCUGCAACUUCACAGUCCGGUAUUUGCACAACAAAGACCUCAGCUUCAACUUCAUAUCAGGUAGCCGAUGGAGACUACGGCAAGGUUCCUGCCCCGGCAUCUUCUCUGGUUGUCGUAUCUAUAGACGUAUCGUUAAAGGCUUAUUAUAUACCGGCCAUCCCUGAGACCAAACCAUGUGCUCUUCAUAACCCUUGCCUUAAUGGAGGAACGUGUCAUGAUGUUCAACCAUCAGGUAUUGUGUGUCAAUGUAAUCACAAUCAGCGAGGUCCACUAUGCGAAGAAACGACCAGGUCAUUCGAGGGUGACUCCUAUAUACAUAUAACAACACUAAGAACCUUCGGGUGGAGUAUCAUCGAAUUUGAAUUUAUCACAAAAGAAGCAAAUGGCCUCAUGUUCUAUCAGGGACCAAUGUCAAAAGUACCUUCGAAUGGAACAAGGGACUUCCUGGCCAUCCAGUUAGUACAAGGUUACGUAAGAGUGGUUAUAUCGCUAGGCUUGGCACCAGCCUACCUCAACAUGACACGUGGAAAGACUUUGAACGAUGGAGAAUGGCACCAUGUCAAACUACAAAGAGAUCUAACGAAACUAAUACUGACAAUAGACAACUGUGAAGACGCGCCUUUCAAAGUCCUGGACAACGGAACUAUUAUAGAAGACAAGAAAGACUGCCAAAUCCAAGGACGAACAGUCGGAACUGAUAUAUACCUUAAUGGCCCAUGGCCGCUUCAGAUAGGAGGUGUCGCAAACCCAAGUCUAAGCUAUCCACCCUUGUCCUACACGGGAUUCAUUGGCUGCAUACGUAAUGUGAUUGAUUCAGGCCUGAUGUACGACCUCAAAAACCCCUUGGUUGUAGUUAACUCAGUUUUGGGAUGUGAUCUUGCCACAAAGUGCCCAAACUGUAGUAACAAUGGAUACUGUGAACCACAGAUGAAUAGACCCAGCUAUUGUGUAUGUGAUCUUGGUAAAAAUGGCACAAACUGCAAUGAGGAUACUGACGGACAUAACUAUUUGGGAAGCAGUUUUACUAUGUAUAUGAGUAGUUGCUGGAGUUCGUCUUCAACUGCAUGGUUAACAUCGUGGUCGACCACAUAUUCAUCAUCAUCUUCAUCAUCUUCAUCAUCAUCGUCGUCGUCGUCGUCAUCGUCUUCUUCAUCAUCAUCGUCGUCUUCUUCUUCGUCGUCUUUGUCGUCGUCGUCGUCGUCAUCUUCAUCAUCGUCGUCGUCGUCAUCAUCAUCAUCAUCGUCUUCCUCCUCCUCCUCAUCGCCUAAAAGACGGAAACGUCGAGAUGUAUUUCCACCAAUGUCUGUCGAAUCAUCUUCUGAAAUCUCGUCAGUUUUCUUACGAACUUUGAGAUCACAACACGUGAGGAGCAGACAACGUCGUGAAGUACUAGCACCUAAACCAAAGUUGCCUUUAAAGAGCGGGUAUCAUACAGACAUCGCAAUGAAAAUCCAGGUUCGAAACAAUACGUUUAAUCACACAUUACUAUUCGUGGCAUCUAACAGUUUGGGAUCAGAAUUUGCAUGGCUAGACAUAAAAGACGGUAUAGUACGUUUUAUUUACCGCAUCGGUAACAAAAUGAAGAUGGUUCAAAUCCCCAACCUAAACCUAACUGGUGGUGUGUCUCACAAUCUCUACGUAAAGCGACGAGGCAAUGUCGCCUCUAUGCAAAUAGGCUACAUUGGUAAGAACAUCGGGACAACAGGCGGUAGCAGUCAGCUUCUUAACCUCGGUGGUGGAAGUGUAUUUACCGGGGGGUUACCCCGGGCUACGGCACUUCUCGUCGUCAAGGCGAUUGUGGAAAGUGGCGGAAAGGCGAUAGUUCGUUUCGCUGAUGGCCAAGUGGUAACUUCAGCUUCUGCGAGCAUGCUUAGUUCUGGAGCAAGCUUGAUCACUGUUGGUCGUGAUGGGUCUGUUAGCGUUUCUAAAGCCAGCGGUGGGGAAUUUCUACGAAUUUAUCGACAAAGUGUCCGAGCAGUACGUUCUAAAAUCACCAAACAUAUCAUAACUGGUUCAGUUGGUCAGUCAAUGAAAACUAGGAGAAUCAUUUAUCGAUACUCUUCUUCGGGAAGUAUUUCCGGAUCCGGUAGUUCCGGUUCCAGUUGCGGCGGAAGUACCGGAGGAAGUUCCAGUUCUGGAAGUAGUGGUGGUUCCAGUUCUGGGGGUAGUGGUAGUUCUAGUUCUGGUGGUAGUGGUGGUUCCAGUGGCAGCUCCGGUUCUGGUGGAAGUUCCGCUUCCGGCGGAAGUGGUAGCUCCAGUGGAAGUUCCGGCGGAAGUUUAAUUUCUGGCUCGACAAGUAUCAAUUCAACUCAUCAUUUUGCUUUUAUAAUAAAUGGAUAUGGCGAUGAAAUCCAAAAAUCUAUUGCAAUUUUACGAAACCAAACAAAAGUAAACGAUUCCUUGCCAGUCGAGAAAGACUAUGGAGGAUGCAUCAAAGAAACCCGUUACAACGGAAUAGCGCUCGAUGAAGAUAAAAGUGUGUCAAAAUUCAGACAGAAUAUCAUUACAGGCUGUGAAUGUCAAUUAGGUAGUUGCCUUAACAACGGCACGUGCCCAUUGAAUGCGACCAUUCCCAUGUGUAAAUGUUUACCAGGAUGGACCGGCCCGACAUGUAACAGAAAAGAGGCAUCGAGAAAGAGACCCCCAACACAAUUUACCGAGGAUGUAGGAGAAACAAUGAAUUGGCCUGCCCUCCUGCUGUACCUGUUACUUAUUCUCCUAGUUCUCCUCAUCUUGACCUUUUAUCUUUGCUGCAAAAGACAACCCGCUACCAAGGUUGCUGCAAAGGAAGACGAGCUGCCUAUACCGGGUCAUGGUACCAUACGAGAUUACAACGACGUUGAUGGCCAAGAGGUCGAUAAUAAUGUUUUUAAUAUGAAGCACUUGAUGAAAUACAUUUAUACCAGUCAUAAGCAUGAAGAUCAAGAGACACUUCACACCCAUGAGGGUGGGGUGAGGACGUACCAAGAUGAAGGAAUACACGGACAAGAUAAUCAUCAGUUUGAUAUCCAUAAAAUCAUGAAGUACAGCGUCGUACAUAAACACGGAACUGCACAGGAAACUUCUUUCCACACGGUUUCAUCCAGUGGUGGAUCCAGUGGUGGUGCAGUCAACAAUGGUUAUACGGGGUCUUCAGUCAAUCUGACUCCUCAUCCGGCCGGACCAGACCCAGAUGGAAGUGAUCACACUUACGAUGAAGUGGACAUAAGUUCUCAUUACCAUGGUAACGGUAGUGGCCACCAUUUUGACGAUAGUGGCCACUAUGGUAACGGUAGUGGGCCUAGUAGUUCUUCAUGGCAUCAUGUUACAGCUACUAUUCCGUCACGUGCAUAUCACGUGAACAGAAAUUUUGUUGGAUCACGUGAUGAGCUUAGGGUGUAUAAAGACGAAGGCCCUGAAUUUGAACCGGAUGAUCUCAGUGGCCCUGGUGACGGUGACGUAGGAGAUAUUCAUGACUUUGACGACUCUGACCUUCCAGAGCACGUACACCCGAAACUCCAUCAAUUACAUACUAUUGUACACAGAACCGAUCACUGAUCCAAUACACACACACAAUACACACUAAAUAGAUCUAAUCACUCUUUUCCCAUUUCAGAACACGUGCCAUUCCCUUGAGAAUUAUUGCAUUUUUUUUAAACCUAUAACGGUUGAGUAGAUACCGCCAUUAAGAGCCACGAGGCUCAAAGAAAAAAAUCAUUCACAAGGGAAUGACACAAAAUUUAAUGGGAAAACCGGUAAUUUAAAAAAUAUUACCUGAGAACAAUGCCAUACAUCAAGUCAGUUUGGGCGUAAUAUACUUAUCCCAUUGUAAAACAAAGCUCAUAUUUAUAACUUGCGACCAAAUAAUAAUAUUAAUAUAUCGCAUUAAUUGCUAUUUUUAAAGCCCUUAUUAAUCAAACAUAAAUAGAAAUAUUUUAAAAAACCACACACCCACACAGCAACCUCUAGCGCUCUGGCUGGUCCCAGGCUCGACACAUUUUUCAAAACCUCUUCAGUAACAAAUAAGCAUAGUUUAAUUAGCUGAUUUCGUUUCAAUGUUCAAAAUAACGACACUAAACUACGCUACUAUAUAUAAACCAUAGCCAUUAGCAUUAAACUAAUAAAAAAUAACCAUAAUUGGAUAAAACAAGGUAAAGUUUUAUUCGCAUAUAUGAGAAUAUUCCGCAAUCAGAAGCAUAUACUAUAGCUAAUAGUAAUAAUAAUAAUAGUAUUAAUAAUAAUAUUAAUAUUAAUAAUAUUAGUUUAUUUAAUCACGUGCCGUCCAAGAGCGUAGAGCUCGUUCAAAAUACGAACGUGCAGCUAUAGACCUAAAACCCAUAGCUACUCGUUAAUACUAAGUAGUCGGUUUUUCUGAUGUAGUGAACGUGGUGCAUUGUGGUCUAGCUUGAGUACAAUCAUAAUCUUUCUUUUGUACCUAAGCUAGACCAGAAUGUAAAAUAAAAAAGAGGUUACGCAGUCAUAAUGCAAAUUAAUAUAAUUGUAUAAAUCCUUUAAUAUGCUUACAAUAGAGGUUACCUCUUGAAUGGCAGCUCCUUCGCAGCUCUACUUUUAAGUAUUGGUCUCAGACCCUCUCGGACACUGGGAGAUUAUGAUCGACACUGUGGGAGCGAAAGGAAAUAGUAAUCACGUGACCUGAUAACACAAGCACUCCAUAACUUUAACUAAAGCUGGUGCAAUAAUGUAAUAAAAUCACUUACUUUUAAAGUGCAAGCUUUUAAAAAGCAAUGGUAUUAGGCGCUAAGCAAGUAAAGAAUACAAGCCAAAUUAGUUAUAAACUAAAGUAAUACGUAAAUAACAAGUAGUAAUUAAUAUAAAUUUGUCUUAAUUUUCGUUUUCAUAGUAUUUUUUUCUCUGCAAAAAUUGAAUUUUUUUGCAUCAAUCCAUUUACUUUUACAGUAAUUGUAUUGAAUAGUGCUAUUCCAGCCCCAAAAGUAGGGCCAACAUUUUGAUCCUGAGACGGCCCUUUGAAAGUAGGACUAUUUUGGCACAUUUAUUUUUUAGCUCUGAUUUUGGCCUACCCGUGGGCCAAAACAAUACUACUAAUAAACCUGUGCCAAAAUAA